AUGGACACGACUCAGUUGAGCAAGACUGGUAUUAAGCGUAGCUGCUGGGGUUAUACAUUCGACUGGACCGAUUAUCAUCGAUCUGCAGAUGAGUUGCGCCCUUUGAUAUUUACAUAUGACAGUCUCGCAGAUGAAUGUCUGCAACGGCUCGAUGGGAUUUCAUCUCCCUCUAAGAACAUCUCUCGUCAGGAUUCGGGUUCAAGUGAAGGGGCAAAGACCAAGCCUCCUAGAAGAGACCUGUAUUCUUUGUUGAGAGACCAUUCGUGUGAUGAUCCGAAGCUUACCGAACUCUGGGCCCAAAUCAACACUAUUCCGGAAUGGGUCGAUUGGGAGCAGAUCAAAAGAGGACAGGAUGUGUUCUAUCGAUAUGGAUUGCCAAUCCUGAAUGUGCUCAACUUCGAAAGCCUAUUAGGUGGCAUGGGAUCUGGACGUGUUGUAGAAACUCUGGCCCGUACGGGUGGUUUCUCUGCAGAUGUUGCACGGCGUAGAAUGUUGGAAACUCUACAGCAUGUCCUCCAAGUCACCGACUCUGUGGAGUCUCUCAAACCAGGCGGUCCUGGCCAUAUCUCCUCGGUUCGAGUGCGAUUGCUGCAUGCGACGGUUCGACAGAGGAUAUUGAGCCUUACUCGACAGAAGUCUGAAUACUACGAGGUGGAGAAGUUCGGCAUUCCAGUCAAUGAUCUAGAUUGUAUCGCAACUAUCAACACAUUUUCAACGUCGGUGAUCUGGCUGGGGCUUCCUCGCCAGGGAAUCUGGCUCCGGGACCAGGAGGUCGAUGAUUACAUCGCUUUAUGGAGGUUGAUCGGUUAUUAUAUGGGAACACCAACCGAGCCAUUUUCGACCAGAGCCAGAUCACGAGCCACGAUGGAGUCUCUUCUUGUAUCUGAGAUAGAGCCAACGGAAAUCGGCAAAGUUCUUGCAAUGAACAUCAUUCUCAGCCUUGAAAACACUGCACCUUCCUAUGCUUCAAAAGGGUUUAUGGAGGCGAUGACCAGGCAGCUCAAUGGUCAAGAACUCUCCGACGCACUUGGCAUUCCGCGACCUAAUGUGUACUAUCAGGCCCUCGUAUAUGGGUACUGCUUUUUCGUCAUGGUCAUUUCCUACACAAUUCCACUGGUUUCUUUGGCAGAUCAAUAUUUCAUUGCGGUUCGACGCAAACAAUACUACGAUAUCAUUACAAACAAGGAGGGACUUGGGAGAGAAACCCUCUUUGAAUUCAAAUACGUUCCCUUCUUGACUCGGACUACACGCUUAGGAAAACGAAGGGUAUCCACAACUAGUAAGCCUGGUAUCGAAUACCUGGCGCACAUUGGAAUUUUCGGUGCUACUAUUGUGGCCACUAUGUUGGGUUACGGAAUGAUUUCCGGCCUACGACUCCUUGAUCUAAAUAGACUGCUUCUCCAAGUGAAGGUGUAA